AUGGCUCUGAUCAUUCUGCUCUUUCUCCAUCUGAUUCUGGGAGUUUAUCCUCAGAAUGUUCCUCAGCCCUUUCUCUCAGUGUCUCCUGCAGUUAUCACACAGAAUGGUUCAGUAAUGCUGGACUGUGGAGUUGAUAAUGAAGAGUAUCAGUGUUAUUUCUAUCCAAAGGGUCAAAAUACAAAUUUUGAAUUCUCCUCAUCCUGUCAGCUCUCACUCACUGGAUCUGAACUGAUGUUGUGGACGGGACGACGCUCUGGUUCACCUGAACCGGUUAACAUAGUUUGUUUCUACAGUAAGAAAGCAACAGCAGGUCCUAAACCUUCUGAUCACUCUGCCCCAGUUGCUGUGGUGAUUCUGGAUCAGAAACCAACAAUAAGUGUUCAAUAUGAUUUUCAAGGUGAUGAGUUUAUAGCUGUGUGUGAAAUACGGCUGUCACGGUCAGUAAUUGCUGAAUUUAGCUGUCAGCUCUACACUGGAGACCUGCUGUUCCUGAAGGCUGAAUCUCAGAAGUCUGGCUUUGAAAAGUUGAGCUGUAUUUUUACAGCUUCUAAAAAUGAUCUUUUCAGUCGUCUACACUCAGCCAAGAGCAGAGAAGUGAGCUGUGAUUAUUCUCUAAAAUCUGACCCGUCUACCCGCUCUCCAAGGAGUGACAAAUACGAUAUAUCAGAUACUUAA